AUGGAAAUGGGAUCUUCUGAAGAGCUUGGAGUAGUCCUGUGGGGUGGAUCCCUUAGAAGCAGUUCCAGUUACUCUCAGCAUGACAACUCUCCACCUCAGAGGUUCUUCCAAGGAAAUUGUCUUGUAAAAGUUUCAGGAGACAUUACUGGUAGAGAAUUAACUCCUCCUUGUCUUCAUCCAUUUCUGAGGAAAAGCCAGUUGAUAAACAGCAUUGUCUACAACAAGCCCCUGGAUGAAAAAAGAAAAGCAGUACAGUAUGAUAUCCACAAUCUUGUGAGAUUUUCUAAUCGCAUCUUGCUGUUGAUUAAAGUAGGAGAUUUUGUCUACAGCAGCACCCAUGAUCAAGGCUUGGUCAUCAAUGAAGACAUGAUAAAAUGGCCUGUUAGUUUCAAGGAGAGUCCAAAGACAAGUGAGGAAGGACCAGAGGAUGAGCAACAAGUUCCGGGCAGAAGAGCCUGCAGCCCCAGGCCGCCUCAUGUCCAGAACUGCUGGUCAGCUCGAUUCAAAGGAAGACCUAUUUGCUGCUUUACUUGUGCCUUGUGCCCAGAGUCAGGCAUUUCAAGUCAAACAAGUAUGAAAUAUCAGUGUAUCCAGUGCCCAGCUCAAGAGUAUCCAAACAGUGAGAGAACUCACUGCCUCUCCACGCCUGUGACAUUCCUGGUUUUUGAAGAUGCUUUGGGGACAGCCAUGGCCUGCAUGGCUCUGUGCUCCUUUGUCCUCACAGCUACAGUUUUGGGAGUCUUUGUGAAGCACAGAGACCCUCCCAUUGUCAAGGCCAACAACCAGACUCUCAGCUUUAUUCUGCUCAUCUCCCUCCUGCUAUGCUUCCUCUGCUCCUCUCUCUUCAUUGGCCAUCCUAACACCAUCACCUGUGUCCUCCAACAAGUUGCAUUUGGCCUUGUGUUAACUGUGGCUGUUUCUACUGUCUUGGCCAAAACCAUUACUGUGAUUCUGGCAUUCAAAGCCAUGAAGCCUGGAAGAACCAUGAGGUGCUUAUUCCUCUCAGGGGCUUCCUACUCUGUCAUUCCCAUUUGCUCCCUGAUCCAAAUGAUUAUCUGUGGAAUCUGGCUGGGAACCUCUCCCCCUUUCAUUGACAUAGACUCACACUCUGAGCCCAGAACCUUAAACAUCAUGUGCAACAUGGGCUCAGUCACUGCCUUCUACUGUGUCCUGGGCUACCUGUGCUUCUUGGCUCUGGGGAUCUUCACUGUGGCUUUCCUGGCCAGGAACCUGCCUGACACAUUCAAUGAAGCCAAGCUCCUCACUUUCAGCAUGCUGGUGUUCUGCAGUGUCCGGGUCAUAUUUGUCCCCAUCUAUCACAGCACCAAGGGAAAGUUCAUUGUGGCCGUGGAGGUCUUCUCCAUCUUGGCCUCCAGUGCAGGGAUACUAGGCUGCAUCUUUGUGCCCAAGUGCUACAUUAUUCUGAUAAGUCCUGAUAAGAAUUCCUGGAAAGCUUUAAAAAACAGAAGAGUUUACAAAUAA